AUGGGCGCUGGUGCGUCGACGGGUCGAUCCCCUCUCGUGAACACUUCGUCAGGUCCAGUUCGUGGGCGAGAAUAUCUUCUACAUGAUGGCCGUGCCGUCGACAUGUACCUUGGGAUCCCGUAUGCUGAACCGCCUGUAGGGACUCUCAGAUACAAGAAACCGCAGCCAGUUAAACCGUGGACAGAGGAACUCAACUGCGUUAAUUUUGGACCAAGAUCUAUACAAACGGACGAGUAUUUCGCUCAGUUCCUGAAUAUACUUGGACUGGAUGAAGCACGUUGCUUGACGCUGAAUGUUUUCUCU